AUGGGUUACAUCUUAGACGACUGCCCAACGGUGCAUGCGUGCUUUUGCUCAGUCCCACUACGGAUAGGCGCUGCUUUAGUUGGACUGAUAGGCUUGCUGGGUUCCGCAGCAGUGCUGCUCGGGUUUACUGUUGCAGGUGAAGACUUCGCAAAAGAGAUCGGCCUGCCUGGCUGUCUGGUUAUCCCGCUGCGUUAUUUGUGCGGGAUUUCUGGUGUUUUGCUGACGGCAGCGCAUAUACUGUUGAUAUGUGGCUCCUUACACGAAAGUGAUGCGCUCUGCGAGGUCUACAUUUGGGUGAUGGUACUUUUCUGGACAGCGAUCGCCGUGUUGGCUGCUGUGAUUUCUGCUUUCGCAGCCCUCGAGGGGGACGUGGCAUUGGCAUGUAUAGUGCCUGCUGUUACCAUGCUGGUGAUACUCGUGUCCUUUUACUUCACUGUGAUAGUGGCGAACUUUAGAAUGACUUUACCCUAA